AUGCUUCCAAUCCGUUAUCUUUCUUGGCGUGAAGUGGUCAAUUUUUUAGGAUUUCCAGCAACUCUUAUGAAACCACCAGAAAUUUCAGUAAAACAAAUGUACCGUUCACUUGGUAACAGUAUCACUGUAUCUGGUGUAUCUUUACUUAUUCAACACUUGCUACACCCAUGUAAUGUAAAUGUAAAAUGUACAAUUGCUACACCCAUGUAA